GUGUGUGUGCUUGUCCAAUUAAUCAAUUCAUUAGAUAUACAACAAAUGUGUGUUUUACAUUAGUGAACCACUUUCAUUUUACAAUAGUAGAUUUAGAGAAAGAUUAUCCAUUUUAAUAUUUCUAUGUUGUAAGCAUUUUUAGUUGAUAAUACUAAACUGAUAGGUAAGCUUUACUGACACCGAAUUGAGUAAUUGUCAUUGUUUACUUUAGAGAAAACAGGCAAGUAUUCAGGAUAGUGAAUCAUUUACUUCCAUCUUAUCUUUUCACUCACUUUGUAACGCACCCAACUUUCAGUGGUUCUUCAUUACAUUCAGAAUUUCUCUCUCCUUUCCUCCUGCCAAGAGUUUGCUUUACCAACAUCCAUUGUCAAACAUGUCCAUCAUAUCUCUCCAAUGUAUGUCCACACCAUAUUAACUUUGGCUCUAAGUUCAUCUCUGCACAACCCCCUUUGAAUGACUCGUUUUUACUUGUUGUUAUUAUAAUGUUCUACCACUUGAUGGCAGUAUGCACUAAAACGUUAUCUCACAUGACAUCAAUAGGCAAUGACGUGUUCUGCGAAGAUGACCAUUUCCAUCAUUAUAGUUUAACUAGUAUAACGUGUCACAUCCCACCUCUUCCCUCUGCAAACCGCGUUUCUGUAAGUUGUUGAUUGAAACAUUUGAGACUAAAACAGGUUUGUAAAACGUGAUGCACAUCGUGUGGAUUACGUAAGAUUUAGUUUCUGGGGGAAAAGUCAAAAAUGCUUGUUUUGGUACAAAUGUAAAAUAGCGAUCAUCCACUAAUCAGACUGAAAGCCACACGUCUGUGCAUGACUAUACUAAAGCAUCACUGCAUUAAGCAACGUUGCCGUGGAAGCCGCAGACGCCAACAGUGGUGGUACAACCUAUUUUAAUCCCUGAAUGUAAUUGACAUGAGCUGUAGCCAAUGAAAACAAAGGAAGGUAAAACUAUCACCAAUCAGAUUUUUUCUGGGGGUGGGGUUUGCUCAAUCCUCAGGACGAGAGAAGGUAACUAUGACCAAGAUUGUCAGAUGAAAUCAGCUUCCAGCCUGCGUUAAACACAUGUAUCCCGUGAAAAAAACUUCUGUCUGACAGGUGUCCACAUGACGGUUGAAGACGAAGAAGCAGGCAGCUUUUUUUUAUCCGUGGGCAUUUUCUCCUCGUCCCGACAAAAGAAUUGGCAGAGUUUAAACACCGUUUUUGGUUUGUUUUGCCUUUUUUGCCAUUAAAUUCACUGCAGGCACGUGGAAGGAGGAGCCUUAAACCAAAUCAAGGGAUUCCCUGUUAGCCACAUCUCUAUGGACUUUGGCUUGACUCUUCUCUUACUGAAUGGAUGAAAUGCCUUGACCUGACAUCGGCCAUACCAUGGCACGUUUAGUCUCCUUUGUGGGAUUGUUGCUCAUGCUCGAGGCUUGUAUGACGGUCCGUUGCCAGCACGCUGUGCUUGUUGGGGUGAUGCUGUCGGUAACACUGGUAGCAGCUGACUCACCUGUUGCAGAUGGGUCUCCAUCAUCACCCACUGGUGAUGCCUCCAGGAACCAAGAUUCACCUGGUGCCCUGUCAUCAUCAUUAACAGAACCUUACAGUGAAGCUACAACAGCAGAAACGUAUUUCCCAGAACCCCCUCAUCUGGCUUUCUCCCUCUUACCAGCAGAUGAAUCUUCCAGUAAAUUAUUGGCUUUGAACCAGCUCAGCCCAAGUAUUGUUCCAAUACAGGACAACAAACCAGCAGAUGGAAUAAACAACUCUCCCAGCUCACAGUUUAUGGCCCAUGGGAACAAUGUGCCUUCCUUCACACUCCACCCUACGUCACCUUUAUUUGAACAGACUGAGGAGCCCACUGAGGACUUCCCCUACUACCCCUUCAACACAAUGGAGGUGGACUGGGGGUCUGGGGACUACCAGGAAACUAUGUCUUUCUUAGAUUCAAAUGGCGAUAAUUACCCAGUAGUCACCAAGGUCCCCUCUGAUUCCUACGACCUAGACGACUUUACAGAAAGCUAUGACACAUCUUUCCCUCCCAGAGUAGGAUUAUCUGUUUCCUCCGUUCACCCACUUCACAUCAUGCCUUCUCACAGCCUCAUAACAGUUCACACCAACAUUGUCCCCUCAACAUCCAUCCAUCCUUCCUCAUUUACCUCCACAGUCCAUUAUACACUAAAACCCACUCCCACAGCUGACAUUGGUGACACAUCCGACAUGGACUGGUCUGAUGCUUUUACCAUUCACCCAACAGAUGUUCUAUUACCCGACAUGAACAGUUUGGAGUAUUACACUAUUCAGUUGAACAAGGAGAACAGCAGUUCGAGCACUGGAGCUGAACACAGAGGCAAUAUCACUAUGGUUUCCAUCACAACCUCAGAGGUCACACCCACUUCUAGCUUUAGCAAUAGUUCCCACCUGCUGGAGGAUGAAUCCUCCACUGAUUUAUCAGGGUUUCCACCGCAAGAAGAAUCGGUCACAGUGGAGACCCCUCAGCUGGUUAGCGUCUCUGAGCCGUAUUUGACACCUUCAAUAGCCUCCACUCACCUGUUUGAUCCCUCGUCCUCCAUGUGGGUUGGUAAGGUGUUAACCACAGAUUGGUCAGCGUCUUUUCAUACAGUCGAUGCGAACAGUUCUGAACCACCAGAAACAUUCCCAACACGUGGACACACAGAGCUGUUGCCAGAUUAUGUCACGUCCUCUUCUUUGACUGAUGUCCAUUGGUUUGUUACCGAAGUAUUUGAAGAAAAUAUAAUAAUCAGUACUCCAGUGUUAACUGCAAAUUCUGCUUCAUCUGCUGUUUUCACAGAACCUUUUACAAGUACCACCGCUGGUACCAUAGAGCCAACUGCCCAGGACAUUACUUUAACAACUGAACAAACGUAUAACGUCAGUUUAGACUUCACUGAAGGCACAACUAAUGUCACUGUGGCUGGUGAGGGCGUAGUUGAAAACAUCUCUACCACAACGACUAUAAUCCCAAACAACAGUGAAUCAGUUCCCUCAACUACAACUGCUACCACUAAUUCUCACCAAUUUACCGCUGAAGCCUUCACUAGUACCAAUGAAAAGAGCAUAACCACAGAAGAACCGACCAGACAGUACCUCUGCCAUCCAGACACCUCUGCCUAUUUAGUAAAAAUGGGGUUUCCAUCUGGGGUCACUACUGGUUAUGCUAGAUCCCAAAUCAGAGAUACACUGAAAGGAGAAUUCAACAAGUCUGUGGAGCUGCAGGUUGUGGACCCCCCACCAAACUUUGUUUUCCGUGUGGUGUCUGGCCCUGUUGUGUACACAGCCAUAUCUGUCGUCAACUCCCUGCGAAGUACUAGGGGGCGCUUCCUGUACGUGUCUCCCAGCUGGACAACACCUGGUAGUAAAUACCAGGUUCACACAGUGUUGCAGUUUGUUCCAAGUCACAUAGACGUGCGAUUCUGCACCUUUAGCGAGAGCAUUGAGAAAGGAUUGACCAUGGCCUUCGCAGAAGUGCGUCGACGCUUAAAGCAGUCAACAAACUUCACAGUCCAUAUUUUAAACAUCACCAUGACUGUUCCAAAAAAACAGGAGCAACGACUACUGAGGCAACCAGUUGACAUCACCUUCACCGUACGUGGAUCUGGUGGAUACCUGAAUGGGUCAGAAGUCAGCAAUGCAUUGAUGAAGCUCAGCAAGGUGGAAUUCAGUUACUACAUGGGUUUUCCUGUGCUGCAGGUUGCUGAACCUUUCCAUUAUCCAGAGUUGAACACCAGCAAAUCACUGCGAUCGUCCUGGGUUAGAACAGUGCUGCUAGGUGUACUUGACCAGGAAGUGCACGAGAGAACUUUUCAAGCCAACAUGGAGCGCCGGGUGGCCAUGUUACUUGGUGAAGCUAUGGGACCAGUCAGACGUGUUAAGAGAGCCACAACUGUGGGCAACAGCAGUGUGCAGGUUGUGAAUGCAAGCCGUCUGGUGGGUGAAGACCACCCGUUGGAGAUUGUGUAUUUUGUGGAGGAACACGGCGGUCAAAGAGUGCCUGCUGUCCAGACAGCCAACCUGCUCAACAGCCUGGACGUUCAGAGGGCUGCCAUCGUCUUGGGAUAUCGUGUCCAGGGCAUUUUAGCCCAGCCGGUAGAGAAAGGGUCAUCUUCACCCUCAGCUUCUGAGAACACCAAAACGUGGAUUGCUCUUGGCGUGGUUUGUCCCCUCCUUGCCGUAGUCGUCAUCAUUUUAAUUGUGUACUGGAAAAUGUGCCGGACAGACAAACUGGAAUUCCAGCCAGAUGCCAUGACCUCCAUGCAACAGAGACAGAAGUUGCAGGCUCCCAGUGUGAAAGGCUUCGACUUUGCCAAGCUGCACCUUGGCCAGCAGAGUAAAGAUGAUAUCAUGGUGAUUCAGGAGAAUGUCCCGUCAGGACCCGGCCCUGGGUCUUUACCCAUGUCCAGUAAAGAAGGCCUGAGUCCCUCUGAAAAUGGGGAGCUCCACACACCUAUAUCUAAGAACUCCUCUGCCAAGAAGGGCCGUGGUGAACGCAGGCGAGAAAGGAUCUCACCAUCAGACGUAGACUCAGUGGUAAGUGACCGUUCGAGUGAGCAGGAAACGACUGAGGAGAACCUGAGAGCCCACACCACUCCCAGCGACAGCAAGCAGACCCAUAAGGUUCCCUUCAAUGUUUUAAACGGCAGAAAUAGAAUUGGUCCUCCACCUGCAAACAGUACCAACGAACAGCUGACGUCAGCUUCUAUCUUCGAACAUGUGGAUCGCAUGUCUCGAGCCACAGAUGCAAACCGGAAGCUUCCAAACAAAGUCCAGCUUAUUGCCAUGCAGCCCAUACCAGUGCCACCCCUGCACAGCCCACCUGUAAACGGCAAACUGUCAGACACCAAUCAAAUCAACAAAGAGAUUCAGGUGGCCUUGAGGCACAAGUCAGAAAUUGAGCACCAUCGUAACAAAAUACGCCUGCGUGCAAAGAGAAAGGGCCACUACGACUUCCCUACCAUGGAUGAACAGACCGGUGGAAUUGGAGACAUGAAGGAUCAAGAUCGUAUCUAUCAGAAGGCACAGAUGCAGAUCGAUAAAAUCCUGGACCCAGAUGGACAAAUGCCCUCCAUGUUCAUGGAAUCAAAAAAAAGCGGUCGAGGGAGGCGUUCUCCCAAACAGAGGAUGAAGGAGCAGCUGAAUGGAGGUGCCAUGGAUGCCGACAAAGACCACCUCAUCACAGAGGACACUGAUGCUGCGUACAGGAAGUGCCCUGGUGUCAACAACGUGGCUUACGUAUCGGACCCUGACCAAGGUCCCGGCUCCCCUCACAGGAGCCCUUCCCCCACUGACGACGUUUUCCUUGGUCCAACUUCCUCUCCUCCAAGUCACGCCCCUCCCCCGCCUCCCUACAUGCCUCCACAGCCCUCCAUCGAGGAGGCUCGGCAGCAGAUGCACUCCCUGCUGGAUGAUGCCUUUGCCUUAGUGUCGCCCACCUCUCAAGGCAGCACAGCGGGGAUCACACUUCCAGGGGUCAACAGCAACCUGCCGAGUUCAAGCCCUCCAGGCCGAAUGCCCAGACCGUGGGGCACCUCCUACCAAACUGUUGGUCCGUUCCCUAGUAGGUUCACUGAACUGGCUCUGUCUCCACCUUCAGUCCAAGGCCUGACACCAAGGCAUGGCCUUGGCUCCAGCUACCUUCCACCAGGUGAUGCAGCCGGCCUAGAGGAGCACUUCCAGCCAGACAGCCUGUUCUCCAGCAGGGGGCUUUACACGGACGAGCUCCCAUCAUCUGCAAGACCCAGACCAGUUGGAGGAACGACAGGAGCCCAGCUCCAUCAUCUAACACAGGUGGGAUUGUCCAGCCGGAUGAAUGGUUACCCAGCAGGGGCCAGGGUGGCUCCAGGGCAGAAUGGAGGUGUGGGCUGGAACCACUACCACGAGGACAACUUCUCCAGAGCUGAGCCAGAAAAAGACGCAUACCUGGACUGUCCUGACUACGAAUCCUUCCAUAUGUUCCAGAUGCCCAGGAGUGGUAACAGGGAGCCCAUGGCACCCUCUGCCCACUUAGAUCCCCCCGUGGUGGGGUACAUGUCGCCAUGUCCGCCGCCUCUGGAUACAUCUCCUCCGACUCAUUCCUCGGCCUCCCUGAUCAAAGCCAUCAGGGAGGAGCUGCUGCGUCUCUCUCAGAAACAGGCAGCUGUGCCCAGCUACCACAGCUGAAGUCUGUCAGUCUGUCUCCACAGUCGCGUCACUGACCCUGCCUGUCCGCCUGCUUCUCCUAAUCUGACAAUGCUUCCCAUGGAAGCCCUUUGAGGUGUACAGCAGCGAGACAGUACUGAUAAGCUCAAACUCCAGUAGAGAUGUGGCUGAGUGACAUCAGAAUCACAGACAACAGCAUCUCAGAUGCAGGUGGAUGGACAGGUGCUGGACAAUAAGGACCUGUGAUGUGAUUGGAGGACCUGUCCUGUUUCUGUGGAUCAGGAAGUGGUCUUGUAAAUCCUGGGCUUCUGUUGAUGCACGUUGUGAAGUUUUUGGUUUUUCUUUUUCUUAUAUUUUGAUGCGUUUCCAUCGACUCGUUCGAUGUCUGCGUUUACUUUUUCUACAUAAAAACACACAGUCACUCUGAUCCACGCUGCCCGUCACCUGUCGUCAAGCGGAACUUCAUGUUUCCUGCCAUUAAGAGGCGCGUCAUAUGCCUUAUAUUGUAAUAAACAGUUUAGCAGGCCCAGUGUUCUAUGCAGGUCUACAGUCCAGUUCAAAUGCAGUCGCUCCUCGAUGGUCGACAUGAGGGAUGUGUUCAAAAAAAAAACUCCCUGUUCUUUCCUUACUUGUUAAUGUAGCAGCAACAGUUUGUGUUUUUAAGGACCUUGUGUCUUGUACUAUAUGUAUAAGGGUUUAUUUGUGUUCAUCUCCGAGCUGAUUUCUGUUGUUUUUACAUACGUUAGGCAGCUUCAGGGCAGCAAGGCAUGGGAACAGAACAAAAAAAUAUGCAGACAAGGUAUUUUUAAGUUUUAAAUAAAUAAUGACAGUAUGUAUGUACUUGACAUUAAUGUACAGUUAGCACUGUAUCUACUGGUAUUUGUUGUAUGUAAUGCACUGUAUGCAGACUACUUGGUAUAGCUCAGGUCUUUCAGAAAAGCUAGUGGACAAAUCAGUAAAAAGACAUUCAGUUUGAACUUGUUAAUAAUGGACUCACACCAGUGUCGCUCUAUCUUGCAGUAUUUAGAGUUUGCUUUGCCUCUUUAAUCAUAACAACAAACAAACAAACAGAUGAGAAAAACACAAUGUGUUGUUUUUGUUUUAAAUUAUGUCAACUUUUGUAUUUUUGUGCUUACUAGUUUUUUGGGUUUUUUUGAAUGCCUCAUCUGGUCAUUACCUUAAGUGUUCCUGAGUAUUAUGUUCUUACAGUCUUAUAUUUUGGGGCCUGAAUUUUUUUUGAAACUUUAUUUAAGUGAAAUAAAAGAGGGACGAGUGAUUUUGAAGGCAGGACCUGGAAAUAUGUUUUGGGCUUGUUUAUCCGUAACAGUGGGAUGGAUCAGAAAAGCCGCUGUAGCACAAAGGAAGUGUGUGAUUUAAACAAUGUUGUGCCUUUCUGAGCUAAUUGAACAGAUUUAGCAGAUCUGUCUGUUUACUUGUGGUACUUCUAGGACAUCGAAGAAGAAGUAGCAGAUAACUGUGACGUCCCAUUGUAAAUGCAAUACUUUUUUUUAACUCAGUAAACUCCGGUAGUCCUCCUCUCUUUAUUUUUAUUAAUUAAUUAACAAGGACUGCCUCCACUUCUGGUUCCACACUGUAAAAACAGCCCAUUUGCAGUUUAUUUUAAACUGACUUUAUUUGUGUAGUUUUUUUGUUGUUCUGUUUUUGUCUUUUCUCAUGUUCCACUGUUGUUUCGCAUUUCUGUUGGCUGGUUCAACUUGACCUUUGAUCAAUGCUGCAUUUUUGAAGUUUCAUAUUCUUUUUUAUUAUUAUUUGUGCAUUGUUGAAACAAAUUUUGUUUAAUACAAACGAGUUAUCACUC